AGAGCAGCCAGUGUAGCCUGCAGCAUCCUCCCAUCUCAUUCUGGCUGACUAGCAUUACUGCUGCUGCUCCGAGUUGGACUGGCCUCCCAGGAUUAUCGCUUUGCUGUAAUCUGGGACACUGCAGAUUAUGCUUUUCAUCUAAUGCGCCCCUACACACACGCACCACAUGACCCUCUCACACAAAUGGACUCUCUCCUACUUUCUCCUCGCUUCACAGUGAGGGAGUGAGGAGUGGAAAUGGCAGAGAGACUAGAGAGUUGAACCUCUGCAGCGUGCCUUCAAAGGCUGGUGGUAAAACUGGUUGUACAAACGGAUUUUUGAAUGAUGGACUGAGAGCUGACCUUUGGGAUUAUAGUGGAGAGGAGGAGGGUGUGUGUGUCUGUGUGUGUGAUCUACAGCAGCUGCUUGAGGGGACAGGUAACUUAUUAACGUCCUGCAAAAAGCAGAGAGUUUACGAUCCUUUGGCCUUCUGCACCAAUGAGUAAUGAAAACGUGGUGCCGCUUUGUUUCAUUUUUUUGUCCUUCUGGCUGCUCCUAAACCAAUCUAGAAUCUGCUUAAGUGUUCAUCACAAAGAGAACAAGAGUCCAGAGUGUCGUAAGCAAGGAGAGACAGUGACAACCAGCACGCGGCUGGAUCACAUGCAGACAAUCAGGACUCGGGCGGCUCUGCUUAGGUAGAGAUUGCGUCGAGGAGGUGGUUUUCACAGCGGCGUUCGGCGACCUGUAAAUAUGGAGCCUUUGGAGGAAUACCACUCUCCGUUUGACUUUGAACAAGGGGUCAACUCCAGUUAUCUCUACCUCUCCCCAGCUUACAGCGACACGCCGCCCAGUUCGCCAGCUGUCAGAUGCAGAGAUUUCCAGGAGCAACCAGACUCUGUAGCUGAGGUGGGAGAGGAUGCAGUGACAUCUGUCGGUGCAGCUCCUCUUCCUCCUGUCAUGACAGAGGAAGAGCGUCAGGAGCUGCAACAGGAGCUGGAUAAGGUUGAAGACGAGAUCCAGACUCUAACCCAGGUGUUGGCAGCUAAAGAGAAGCAGCUUGCAGACAUCAAGAGGAAACUGGGCAUCACGCCUUUAAACGAGCUGAAACAGAACAUCACCAAAACCUGGCAGGAAGUCACCACUUCCACAGCCUAUCGGAGGACGUCUGAAACUCUGUCUCAGGCCAGUCUGAAAGCGACGGCAGCCUUCUCCAACAUGGGCUCGGCCAUCAGCAAGAAGUUCGAGGAUGUCAGGAACGCACCAACUUUCAAGUCACUGGAGGAGAAAGUCGAGACACUGAAGAUUAAGAUCGCUCCCACCGCUCCUCCCAGCAACCAGGACGGCAACGUCCCGGAAACCACCGAGUCUUUGAUCAACCAGCCUGAGGACGCCCCCAUCCAGGACGCACCCAUGCAAUGAGACUGAGACCGCACUUUCACCCUCUGACCUCUUUACCACCCGCACCCCCCCUCACCCCCCACCCUGCUCCUCUGACCAGUUUAACUCUUGUGUGCCAGUCUUCCUCUAUUGGAAACAAAUACCUUCCCAGCAUCCUCUGAGAUCGACUUGUCCGCUGUCCUCUUCCAACACACACGCUCAGUCGUUAGCUUGUUUGAAACUAAAACCACGGGAUGGAUUCAGGCACAUAUCCUCAUGUUUUUUGGGUUUAUCUAGUUGGUUUAGGCUCACUUAUAGAGGAAUCCUUUUUCCUUGUUGCACUCCUUAUUUCUUUGCCUUUUUUUCUUUUUCUAACCAGAAAAGCUUGAAUGCCAAACAUGCUCCAGUGUACUUUAGUUUCUUUAUGAUAUUAACACUCGAGUGUAGAAAACUGUGCAGUUAGAACAAUUGUAGUGUACUUUAGAAAUGUAUUAAAUGUUGGAGUCAUUGUUAUUAAACACGGAUGGUUUUGGCUUA